ACGUCCUAUAAGAAAGCCGUAGUGGCGGUCCUCAGUCCUCGACCAGAAAGAAAAGGAAAAGGAAAAACUGAAAUUUGAGAAAAAAGCAAAAUUAUCAACACAUUAUUGGCUGAAGUGAUGCGUACGGUUACACGCGCCGCCGCAGUGAAUGGUCAAAACAUUUUUGGCGGUCAUAACUACAUUAAUUGAAGUAAUUCUGCGUGCAGUUGAAAAACAUAGAAAGAGAAGACCAAUGAAAUGAUCCACAACCAGAAGAGAGAGAGAAAGCGCAAUAAGCUACAGCGUACAGAGAAUAACGACGAGUAGAGAGAGAGAGAGAGAGAGAGAGAGAGAGAGAGAGAGAGAGAAAUCGCAAAAAGGCGGCUUCCUCAGCUCACAGUUUCUUCAUUUUAGCUACAAUUUUGUUCAUAGGUAAUCAAGGCCACAAGCGAUUGUAGCUGUAGAUCCAUUCAAUCAAUUCUUCCAUAAAUAUGUGUAGCGAGGGGGCGAGAGAAGAGAGUCAACUUGGAUAUAGAGAAUAUUAGCUCGGUGGAAUUUUGAUUUUUUUUUUUUUUUUAAAGUCGAAUUGCAAUGGAAAAUACAACAGCAUCAGCUGAGCCGCCGUCACAGGUACCGCCAGCGGAGGAGCUGCUAAAGAAGAUCCAGGAGCUGGAGGCAGGGCAUGCGCGCUUGAAAGAGGAGAUGUCGAAGCUCAUGGUUUCGAACGAUUACAGAUCAGAGAGACAAAGGUCACACUCUAUCUCCCCGCAACGGCCGCGGCGGUUGAAGCUUGGUGGCGGCGGAAGGCAUGGUGGAUUUGAGGGUGGCGCUAUGGCUGUGUGGAAAAGGGGUUCUGCCUCAUUUCGACAUUCUUCUCCGCUGCAGAGGGAGAGUAGUAGUAAAGACGUGUAUAGAGGCGAUGACGGCGGCGAAAGCUGUGGUGUCGGAGGUCCAGCUUCUGUGAAAUUUAGUGAUAGACAAUAUUUGAAUAUAUUGCAGUCAAUGGGCCAAUCAGUGCAUAUACUUGAUCGUAAUUCUCGAAUAAUUUACUGGAAUCGAAUGGCUGAACACCUGUAUGGUUAUUCAGCUGCAGAGGCUCUGGGGCGAAGUAUCAUGGACCUCCUAGUGGAUCCUCGAGAUUUUAAUAUGGCUGGUGAUAUUAUUAGUCGUGUGUGCGUGGGUGAGAGUUGGAAUGGACAGUUCCCAGUGAAGAAUAAGCGAGGGAUUAGAUUUUCUGUAAUGACAACCAAUACCCCUUUCUAUGAUGAUGAUGGUACUUUGAUUGGGCUGAUAUGUGUGUCAACAGAUGUAAGCCCAUUUCAAGAAGCAAAGGCAGCAUUCACUGCGGCAAAGCAGAUGGAUUCUGAUUCAAGUUCUAGCAGGGCAAGAAGCAUUGCUUCUGAAAAACUUGGGCUUGAUCCUCAGCAACCUUUGCAAGUUGCAAUUGCCUCAAAACUAUCCAAUUUGGCUUCAAAAGUGAGCAACAAGGUUAAGUCAAAAAUAAAAACUGUGGAGAGCGGUGUGGUUCGUGAAGGUGGAAGUGUAGAUAGUCAUCAAUCCAAUCAUGUUUUCUCCGAUUCUGCUUUGUCAGAUCACAGAGAGGAUGCAACUUCGAGUGGAGCUAGUACUCCAAGAGGAGAUAUACAUCCUUCUCCAUUUGGAGUGUUCUCUAAUGCUUCCAAGGAGGACUCCCCUGAAAAAUACUCCAGAGAUUCUGGGGAUGAGAGUGAGGGUAAACCUAGGAUCUCCAAGAUAAUUACUUCAAAGGCAGAAGCAUGGAUUCAGAAGAGGACUUUAUCUUGGCCAUGGAAAGGAAAUGAACAAGAAGGAUCUGAGGCACGAAAUACUCGUUUCGGCUGGCCCUGGUUACAUAAUGACCAAGACAAUGAUUAUAGUCAGCCUCAAAAUAGUUCUAAUCUGGCAAUAAAGCCAGAAAGUCAAAUGGGUGAAAUUAAUCGCACCACCAUGAAUGAGGCUUCAGGAUCAUGGUCAUCAUCAUUUAAUGUUAAUAGCACAAGCAGUGCGAGUAGCGCUGGAAGUACCAGCAGUAGUGCUCUUAAUAAAGUUGACAUUGAUACUGAUUGCUUGGACUAUGAGAUUUUAUGGGAGGAUUUAACAAUUGGGGAACAUAUUGGUCAAGGUUCAUGUGGAAAUGUUUAUCAUGCUCUGUGGUAUGGAUCAGAUGUUGCUGUUAAAGUAUUUUCCAAGCAAGAAUAUUCUGAUGAUAUUAUUUUUUCCUUCAGACAGGAGGUGUCACUAAUGAAAAGACUUCGACAUCCAAAUAUUCUGCUUUUCAUGGGUGCAGUAACUUCUCCUCAACGUCUCUGCAUUGUUACCGAGUUCCUCCCAAGAGGAAGUUUAUUUAGGUUACUUCAGAGGAAUACAUCCAAAUUAGAUUGGAGACGGCGUGUCCACAUGGCUUUAGAUAUAGCACGAGGGAUGAAUUAUCUCCAUCAUCUCAACCCACCACUUGUUCACCGUGAUUUGAAGUCUUCAAAUCUUCUUGUUGACAAGAACUGGACUGUGAAGGUGGGGGACUUUGGAUUGUCAAGGGUCAAACAUGAAACAUAUCUGACAACAAAGACGGGUAAAGGAACGCCUCAAUGGAUGGCUCCGGAAGUUCUUCGCAAUGAGCCUUCAGAUGAGAAGGCUGAUGUGUACAGUUUUGGGGUGAUAUUGUGGGAAAUUGCUACUGAAAAGAUCCCUUGGGAAAACCUCAACACGAUGCAGGUGAUUGGGGCAGUAGGAUUCAUGAACCAACGGCUAGAUAUUCCAAAGGAUGUGGAUCCACAGUGGGCUUCUAUAAUCGGGAGCUGCUGGCAUAGCGAGCCACAGUGUCGUCCAUCCUUCCAGGAAUUGAUGGAUAAGUUUAAAGAUCUGCAAAGGCAGUGUGCUAUUCAGAUUCAAGCGGCUCGCAAUGCUGCAACGGAGAGUAGCCAAAAGGAGUCAUAGAUGAAAUUGGUGUGUGUUUAUGUUGAAGUUGAGCAAGGAGAUUGCGACAGAUGAAGUGAGUGGUUCUCAAAGUUUGCGGUGUCGGUGGAUGGCGGAUGGCUGGGUGGGUGGCAUGGGCGCCAUUAAUUGAAAGCAAAAUUUGCUUGUGUUGUCGGAAUGAUCGAACGAAAAAUUGAAGGCAUAUAUAUGCCUAGUUGGUGUUUGCCAAUGCAGGGAAAUUAGAGUGACACAUACAGGGCAAAAACAGCUAUCUCAAAUGAGUUGAUGAAUUGAGUGAGUGGUGGCCUAUUAUUAUUAUUAUUAUUACUACUACUAUUAUUAUAUAUUAUAUUAUAUAUUUGUGGGAGUGAAUUCAUGUUCUGGAUGCUUGCAGCUUUUAUACGGAGUAGUAUGGAAUCAUUCAGAACCUCUGUAAAUCCUACUAUUCUAGUCCAACCGGCCAUUUGCAGUUGAGUGUAUGCAUCUGACUCAAAUUCACUUAUUCACAAGUAUAUACAUGACAUU